CUGAGAGGAGCCAGGGGACUAGUGAGAAAGAGAGAGAACAACUAUAGGAGCAGUAAAAAAGAGAGAGGAUGCUGUCAUAGGGAUGUGUUAGCUUGGAGUAAUGCCAAGGCUGUGUGUAUGGAUACGGAAAACGUCAACUUCAUCUGCUAAAGUCAGCCUCCACGCAAACAGGCUAGUGUCACAGACGUGGGGGUCCACUUCACAGAAGAGCGGAAAGGCCCAAAAAAGCUGAAGGCUGAGAGAGGGAGAGAGACCGAAGGUGGCCUAUCGCGGUCAUUUGGUGCCAAUGUGCGGAGGCAGGUAGAGAGAAGACAUAAAGUGAAGUAACUCAGAGAAAAGAGAAAGACGAAGAAAUUGACAACAGAGUGGCCACACCAUUGUCCUGUGUUGGGACAGGAGACCAGGAGUGACCAGGAACACACUCUCAACUCCAAUAGAACCAUCCAUUCUGCUCUCCAUCUUUCUUCCUAUCCAUCCAUCCUCGAGGAGGAGAGAGAGAGAGAGAGAGAGAGAGAGAGAGAGAGAGACGAUGAAGAGACCUCAUGACUACAGCUCUCCUGAGUCAGACACAGAUGAGCUGAUUGAUGUGGGCCAGGAGGACGGCUACUGUCCUGUCACAGGGUCCGUGUCUCCAGGCAGCACCUCUCAGGUUUUGGCUCGUAAGAAGAGGAGAGGAAUCAUCGAGAAAAGACGGCGAGACCGGAUAAACCACAGCCUGUCUGAGCUUAGGAGGCUUGUACCCAGUGCCUUCGAGAAACAGGGUUCCUCAAAACUGGAAAAGGCUGAAAUUCUGCAGAUGACUGUAGAUCAUCUCAAACUGCUGCACGCCAUGGGAGGCAAAGGCUAUUUUGAUGCCCAUGCCCUGGCAGUGGACUACCGUACGCUGGGCUUUCGUGAGUGUGUAGGGGAGGUGGUGCGCUACCUGAGCUCCUUGGAGGGCUCAGAAUCAGCUGACCCUAUUGGAGCACGGUUGGUGUCUCACCUAAGCCACUGUGCCAGUGAGCUUGACCCCCUUCUGCAGAGCCCUGCCCUGCCGUUCCCCCCCUGGCCGUGGGGCUCCUUCCCUGCCCUCUCCACACCCCCCUCCCCUGCAUCCUCUCCCUCAUUCUCCACUGCCAGCCGACGGGACCUGGGUCCACACGCUGCGACUACCCUGCUGGCAUACCCCUCCCCAGGCCUCCGUGUGCCGCCUUUGUCAGGCACGCAAGGCUCUCUUCUGAAUGUAGGGUUCUCCGGGGUGCGCAGGGUACAGUUGAUGCCAUCUGUGGCCCACAGACUGUCUCAGACGUCCUCUGAGGGUUCCGUGGCGGCUCCACCUAUUCAUGCAGUCACACGUUCUGCAUCCUCCUCUUCCCCCAUUCCUCAGCAGACCUCUUUCCGGCCCUUCAUCCCUGUGGGGUCUCCCUCUCCUCAGCGCAGGGGCACAAGUGGGUCCAGUAAGCCUGGACAGAAUUGGGGGACAGAGAUCGGGGCCUUCUGAUACACUCUCUCUUAUCAGACUCUACGAUGAUGCCCAAGGGGCCAUGGACACUGUGAGAAGACAGUGGGAAGAAAAAUGUGACUGCCAUGUUAUGACCUUAUCAUGCACCUCAGCAGUCAAGGAUAACCAAUUAGGUUACCUAUGCAACACCUUUCAGUUUUCACUCCAUUAGUUCCAUCGGUAUGUGCUACACAUCCAAAGGCCAAAAGAAAGAACUCUGAACUCAGUCUGAACAUUACAGCCAUGAGACACACAUGGAAAAGGUGGAGCGUAGAAUGUAGUUCGAUGCUAAGGGCAGCACACUGCUGUUACAUUUAAAGGCAGAUAGUUAAUGAACAAAGCCAUUUUCCCUGAUACAGGUUUGAACUGGAUUGGUCAAUGUCAAGAAUUAGCUGAGUUGUCUGCUGAUUGCCAAGUUUGACAAAAAUAGUUUAAUCAUUAUUAGGAUUUUUGCCCGUUAUUUUGUUUUAUUUACUCAAU